CGAAUGUGUCGAGUCCCUGCGCUCUCGAGGCCGUCAUACUGCCCGGGAUCGACUAGCACCUUAUGCAAGAGGCGACACGGAGCACCUGCAACCGUUAAUGCCUGGCCUGGCCAUCGCGAACGAGCAUCUUGGGGUUAGAGAUGCGGAUAAAUACACGGACGCAAGGUAUUCGUCCGACAAGGUCGCAUUGAGGCGGAAAAUUUGGCAAGACGAGCAAUCCCGAAGGGGCUCAGGGUGGCAGUCUGUGUCUGACCUUCACGCUGACCGAAAGAGAAAGAAACCCUAUCCAAGACAUGCCUUGCGUCUACUAGGUCUGGAUCCAUCUACAUCGUCCGACGCCUUUCUUGGAUACGCUCAUUUCUAUUUCCUAUAUCUCCCUUGGGGGCCGCUUCUUCCCUCAGUCCCGCUUAUACCGAUCCUCUUUUUUUUCUUUCCUUGGCCUUUGGGUUGCAGUCUACGAUUAAUUGCAACAUUUACCUAAUCUAUACAUAUUGUUGGCGGUACAGCCUCUUUUCUCACGCUCUCUCGCCUGUCGCCGCGCUUCUUCCGCCACCCGGAGGCGC